ACAGGUUGUACAUCAAUUAACACGAAUUAGCUGGAAAUACGAUCUAUCGAUAAAAUAAAGUGGUCGAUGAACAAUGAACUAAAUAACAUAUCAAAGGUGGGAAAUUUUAUUCGGUCAGAAGCGGGUGCGGUGCGUGAGGUCAGCAGUUAAGAGAUCUCUUUUGUCAGAGAGAAGAGUCGUCGAGCGGAUACACGUUUAGUCGCGCCCUCGAGCUUGCUCACACCAUCGUUCGUGACGAUUAUACGUUCUACUGAACGUAUUUCUCGUUCUCCGGACCUCGGCCGGACCACAUUAUCUAACUCAACUUCGAUUGGAGAUCAUUAACUCGUUCUUUCCAAUUUGUGUCAUUUCAAUAUUAAAUAGAAAUCAUGAAAUACUCGAUACUGUUGAGCUUAUUAAUCACUUGCUUGAUUUGCUCACCAAGUGUUCAUUGUGGGACACGACCGAGUUUUGUCUCUGACGAGAUGAUCGCAACAGCAGCCAGCGUGGUGAAUGCUUGCCAAACACAGACAGGAGUGGCAACAGUGGAUAUAGAGGCAGUGAGGAAUGGUCAAUGGCCUGAAACACGUCAAUUAAAGUGUUACAUGUACUGUUUAUGGGAACAAUUUGGAUUGGUGGACGACAAGAGAGAACUCAGUUUGAACGGCAUGCUCACAUUUUUCCAAAGAAUACCAGCAUACAGGGCUGAAGUUCAGAAAGCGAUCAGCGAGUGCAAGGGGAUCGGUAAAUAUUUGGCCAAAGGCGACAACUGCGAAUACGCGUACAGAUUUAACAAAUGUUACGCGGAAUUGUCUCCACGGACGUAUUAUCUGUUUUAAUCGAGUUUCAUCUGAGCCAAAAAAAA